UAUUCUACUCAGUUUUUUCAUCCAAAAAAAAAAAAUGAAAAUAGUCGCAUAUUCUUAUCUUUGUCUCUCCUUGUUAUUUGCUGUCUCCAUCUUCAUCCAACCCUCCUAUGCUGCUGCUGCUGCUGCUGCUGCUACUACAGCUAUUCAGCCAACCAAUCUUGUGAAAAAAGUAUGUAGCCAAACCUCCAAUUACAACUUCUGUGUUGAGACUCUUUAUGCCGAUCCACGUACCCCAGAAGCCGAUCGCUAUGUGCUGGCCUAUGUCAUAUUUGGCUCGGCCUACCAGAGCGCCACCACCACUCACGACCGAAUAAAUUUGCUGCUAAAGAAUGCCACCGCAAGCCAAAUGCCACGUCUCAAAAGGUGUGAUCGUGAUUACACCAAGGCUGUUUCGAAGCUACUAGAGGCUCACGAUGACUUGGACUCUGAGACCUUUGACUCCUUGGCUAAGUUGUCUCGUAUUGCAUCUUCUGCUGCUGCUGAUUGUGAAACCUCUUUUAAGGGAACCCGUUCUCCACUCACCACCAAUAACAAGGGUUUGAAGGGUCUCUGUGAAAUUUGUGCAGUUGUAUCUAAACUGUUUGUAAUGUCCUAGUUUGUGAGAAUGAGAUUAUAUAUAGUCAUGUAAGAUCCAUAUGUGACUUGGCUGCAAUGUUAAUAACAUAGAGAAUCCACAUAAUAUGACUGUUUAUUUUGUUGGGUGUUCCUUUUUUCUAUGAGGAAGUUCAAGUGAAAUGGAUUUUAUCCAUUUCUUGAUUGAACUUAUUUUUGUUUUUAAUUA